AUGAGCGAUCAAAGUACCGAGAAGCCUGCAGAUGCAGCACCCAGAAGCCCGCAUACUCCGGGCGACCUCGGUGGUAGUAGCGACGCCUCUCUCAACGAGACCGGACAGCGUAGCAUCCAGGGAUGGAGAUGGGCCGUUGCCUAUGCAGCAAUGCUGUCUACAACGCUCCUCUUUGCUAUCGACAAUACCAUCGUUGCAAACAUCCAGCCCAGUAUCAUCAAUGACUUCGGCCAUCUCGAGCUCAUGUCAUGGAUUGGCACGGGUUUCGCCCUCGGUACCAUGUUCAUUCUGCUAUGGGGCAAAGUUUAUGGUGUCUUUAACAUCAAAUGGGUCUACAUCUUCAACAUCUUCCUCUUCGAGGCCGGGAGUGCUAUAUGCGGUGCUGCGCCCAACAUCCAAGCGCUCAUAAUCGGUCGGGUCAUUGCUGGCAUCGGUGGUUCUGGGAUGUAUUCUGGCACCUUGACAUAUGUCUCGGUUCUUACCAACGAGCAUGAGAAGCCAGCAUACCUCGCUGGAAGCACUGUCGUGUGGGGCAUUGGCAGUGUCCUUGGCCCUGUUGUUGGUGGCGCAUUCGCAACAAGCAGCGCGACUUGGAGAUGGGGAUUUUACAUCAAUCUUCCCAUCGGUGCUGUCUUUGCUCCUGCGUACUUCCUCCUAUUCCCCAGUACCGAUCCCAACCCUACCAAAACCCUUUCAGAGAAGCUCCGCCUCGUCGAUUGGAUCAACGCAGUCAUCUUCUUGGCGGGAUCCGCUUGCCUGACCGUCGCGUUGACCUUCGGAGGUGUCGUCUAUUCAUUCAACUCAGGGACCAUCAUUGCACUAUGGACUGUCACCGGCGUUCUCUUGGUGGCUUUCAUAGUCCUACUCAAAAUACAUCCUCUGGUCAACAAGGAAAACCGCCUGUAUCCCUUACACUUCUUCAAGAAGUGGAUUUUGAUCAACAUGCAGCUCCAAGUCUUUCUAUCUUCGGGCAUCAUCCUAGCGAUGACUUACUUCGUCCCGCUGUAUUUCCAGUUCAUCAAGGGCGAUGGAGCGCUCGAAGCUGGUGUUCGCUUGCUCCCUUUGAUCAUGUUUAUGGUUGCUGUCUCAAUGUUGAAUGGCUUUCUGAUGCCAAAAUACGGACUGAUUCCUGUUUGGUACAUCGGAGGCAGUGCUCUUGCACUUAUCGGUAGUGCUUUAAUGUAUACCAUCGACGACACCACAUCUAAUGGCAAAGUAUACGGCUACAACAUACUUGUCGGAGCCGGAGCGGGAUGUUAUAUAGUCGCCGGAUUCGCCAUCAUGCAGUCACUGGUUCCCACCCACGAAAUUGCUAAUGCAGUUGGUGCUAUGACUAUUUGCAAGUAUCCUCAGGCAAGCUAUUCGGCGUUGACUCCAGCUGACCUCCUGUUCCACAAUGUCGCCGUUGACAAAGUGGGCAACGCCCUGCCAACAGCCUCCGACACUGACAUUGGCAACUUGAUUGCGGGCACGAGCAGCGCCGCGUUCAAAGCUCUUUCUGAGGACGAAAAGGCUAUAGUUAUCCCAGAGAUCGCAAGUGCUAUGAAAAGCAUCUGGGCCUUUUUCAUGGCGGCAGCUGCGCUCAGUUUCGUGUGCGCUUGUCCACUAGUUAAAGCUAAGCUUGGUGGACGGAAGCUCGAACCAACUGCGGUAGCCUAA